GUCCUUUGCAGCCAGCAUGAUAUCAUAUCUCUAAGACAUGGAGGAGAGAGAGCUCACCAUGCUCAGGGUUUAGGGCAUGCUGUUGGUAGCGACAGCCGUUCCAGCCGGCAGCCCGCCCCACCUGUGACCUGUGGCCUCUUCUGGGAACUGUCCUCAGGAGCUGACGGUGUCCAGUGUUUCCCAGGUUCCUCGCACCAAGAAGCACCUGGCAUGUCAAAGCCACACUGUCUUCCAUGGGACUCCCUUUGUGAACAGCUUCCAUUUAAAAGACUUUUGUGAAUGCAUUAUUUCAACCAAGUCCUCAGAGAACCUAUUUGUCUUCUGAUCCUCCGGAGGUCUUAAGAAUCCGAUGACCUCCGUGGGGAACCUGCACUCAGCCAUCAGAGCGCACCUGCCCCCAAGGAUGCUCAUAGUUCAGUCGUAGAUGCAGGUGGCGUGGAAAGCAUCAGCCGGUGUCCCCAGCAGCUUCCUCAGAUGAUGGCUGCAGCAGCUGAUGGUUUGGGGAGUAUAGCGAUAGACACAACCCAGCUCAACAUGUCCGUGACCGAUCCCACAGCCUGGGCCACCGCCAUGAAUAACUUGGGCAUGGUUCCCGUGGGGUUGCCUGGACAGCAGCUUGUGUCUGACUCAAUCUGUGUACCAGGCUUUGAUCCAGGCCUCAACAUGAUGACUGGGAUCACCCCCAUUAACCCGAUGAUUCCAGGCCUGGGGCUGGUACCACCGCCACCACCAACAGAAGUGGCUGUCGUCAAAGAAAUAAUCCACUGCAAAAGUUGUACUCUUUUCCCUCAAAAUCCAAAUCUUCCACCUCCUUCCACAAGAGAACGACCUCCUGGGUGUAAGACCGUGUUUGUCGGGGGAUUACCAGAAAACGCUACUGAGGAAAUUAUUCAAGAAGUCUUUGAGCAGUGCGGUGAUAUUACAGCGAUUCGGAAAAGCAAGAAGAAUUUCUGUCACAUUCGCUUUGCAGAGGAAUUCAUGGUUGAUAAAGCCAUUUACCUUUCCGGUUACCGGAUGCGAUUAGGGUCUAGCACGGACAAGAAGGACUCGGGCCGCCUCCACGUGGACUUCGCCCAGGCCAGGGACGACUUCUACGAAUGGGAAUGCAAGCAGAGGAUGCGCGCGCGCGAGGAGCGGCACCGGCGCAAGCUGGAGGAGGACCGGCUGCGGCCGCCCUCACCGCCCGCGAUCAUGCACUACUCGGAGCACGAGGCCGCCCUGCUGGCCGACAAGCUGAAAGAUGAUAGCAAGUUUUCAGAGGCUAUCACAGUGCUACUCUCCUGGAUUGAGCGAGGGGAAGUUAACCGGCGUUCUGCCAACCAGUUCUAUUCCAUGGUGCAGUCAGCCAAUAGCCACGUCCGCCGGCUGAUGAACGAAAAAGCCACCCAUGAGCAGGAGAUGGAAGAAGCCAAGGAGAAUUUUAAAAAUGCCUUAACUGGAAUCCUCACUCAAUUUGAGCAGAUUGUGGCCGUUUUCAACGCUUCUACCAGACAAAAAGCUUGGGACCAUUUCUCGAAAGCUCAGCGCAAGAACAUAGACAUUUGGCGAAAGCAUUCUGAGGAGCUCCGGAACGCUCAAAGCGAGCAGCUUAUGGGUAUCCGCCGCGAAGAAGAAAUGGAAAUGUCAGAUGAUGAGAAUUGUGACAGCCCGACUAAAAAAAUGAGAGUCGAUGAAUCAGGUAAGGCUGUCCGCCAACACAAAGAAGCGGCCUCGUCCCCGUGGCGCCCCAAACCCGGGCCAGCACACCCUGCCGCCUGUAUACAGCAGGUGACCCGCUCCCGGGCAGAUUGGCCCCACGUAUAUAGUCACAUACAGCCCUGUUCCAAAGAAUUAGUGCCGGGCCGUACCGUGCUUUUGGCAGACAAGCAACUGCUGACCAUCCAGGAGGAGUUAAACAACAAGAAGUCGGAACUGGAACAAGCAAAGGAAGAGCAGUCGCACACGCAAGCAUUACUUAAAGUCCUCCAGGAACAAUUAAAAGGUACCAAGGAAUUGGUCGAGACCAACGGCCACAGCCAUGAGGACACAAAUGAAAUCAACGUGUUGACAGUCGCAUUGGUCAACCAAGACCGAGAGAACAAUAUGGAAAAAAGAAGCCAAGGCUUAAAAUCAGAGAAAGAAGCUUUGCUAAUCGGCAUCAUAUCAACGUUUCUUCAUGUCCAUCCUUUUGGAGCCAAUAUAGAGUAUCUUUGGUCAUACAUGCAGCAGCUUGAUUCCAAGGUAAAUUCUUUUUCUCAAGCGGACUUAUGUUGUUGGGAUUUUGCAUGUCAACUCCUGGCUGCAGGUGGGCCCUGUGUGAACUGCAUCAAGGAUCCAAUAGCACUUGGAGACUUAUCAGGACUUCUCCGCAAGGACCUCAGUUUUGGGCCGAUCCUUGUCCUUUUUUCACUUGCAUUUGUCUUAGAGAAAGAAAAGCAGUUAUCUACAAUGACAGUGACUUUCAGCAGGUGCCAAAUGGGGACAUGGCAUAUGAGGGGCUUAAAAUUACAGGUUCCCCAAGCCGGGAGAAAUCAGGUCAGGGUGGCUAACGUGGAAUUAUCUUUAGGCCAGAUUCUCACAGGGUUCCGUGGUAAGGACUCCACACAAUAGGGGGAAAAUCGCCUCAAACAACAAAGAUCUGAUACGACUCUCGAGAAAACUGGAUUAGCGGUGGGUUUUCAGCAUUCUUCUCUAAAUGGAAAAGAUGAUUGCAGAAUUAUUCUCAGCUCCACCCCACGAGGGCCACACCCAGCGUCCGGACUCACUCUUCAUUUCUCUGAGGCUUGGUUUUCCUCCUCUCCCCGUUGGCUGUGCCCCUGACCCAUUGCGAUAUCUGUGUUCUACAAGGUAGAGGACAAAAAGAGCUCAGUGCACGUAUCAA